CGCUAGCCGCGUGCCACGACGGGGGCGGAGUCCUACUGGAGCGGAAUCCUCAUUGGUCAAUGUGCAUCCUGGAGGCGGGACUGCGCAUGCCUCGAUAGUCUCCGCGGAGACCAGGCGGGAAUCCUCGCAGGCAGGGCAGCGCGACUCUAGAGAAAAUCAAGAGAUGAGUUUUAACGUCUGGACUGUCAAAGAGAUGCUCAGUGUUCCUUCAGGCUCUGGGACCACUAAGUCAUCUGCCUGGAAUAACAAUCAGACUGAUUAUUCUGCUCUCAGUGAUUCCCAAUUCCUCUUUGGAUCUCAGUUUUGCCCAGAAAAUUCAGAGACCUUGUCAGCACCCUUGGACUUGGGUGCUCACUCGAGACAUGCAAAACAACUACAGCAGAACCCUCUGGAUAGUGAACCUAGUAUUUUCACAAAGUACCAGACAAAACCCCACCUCUUUGGAGGAGAGACAAAGGAUGAAGGGUUAUUUUCUCUUCCUUUGCCAGUUGGAAAAUCGAAAUGCCUCUUGAAGCAGUUUGAGGAGAAAAACCAAAGAGCAAAAGACAAAUAUGACAGUGACACUGUAUACAACUUCGUUUCCCAGGUCAGAGAAAGCAUUCAGAGGUUACAGACAUCUGUGGCAGAGUCUGAGGAACGCCUCAGUUCAAGAAGCCAAGCUAUUUUGGACUCUUUGGAGACUGUAGCUAGGACAUUGCAAGAGACUGCACGGGCCCAGAGCGACGCGAGGUUUGAGGCGGUACAAGAGCAAGGCAAAGCGGAGCAGGCCAUCCUUGAGAUGCAGAGGAAAUUCGAAGCUACACGAGCAGAGUUUACGGAGGUGAAGUCCAGCCUGAGGCGCCUCGAGCUCUCGCUCGCCCAGCAGACUGAGGACCGCCAGCGGCUGCGUGAGCGCCUGGGCCAGCUGCCUGUGCCCGCCGUGCUGGCGGCGCGGGGGCCCGGCGCGCUGGGGGACAGCGCUUCGCAGACGUCGCCCUCCCUGGCGCGG